CCAAAGUUACUUCUGCAAAAACGUUUUGAAAGUUUUAUUGUCAAGUAUCGUAUUUUUUCGUCGUAUUGUAAGCCAAAAUGACUCGAGAAGAACUCCACAGCCAUCGUCACAGAAGCAGAAGUCCUGGACAUUCUCGGAGACAUCGAAAAGCAAGAUCCAGGUCGCCUUCUUGGCCAAAAUCUCGGUCUCGUUCACGAAGCAGAAGCAGAAGUCAUAGUUUAGAACGUGAACAUUUUAGAAAAAAACAGAAAUCAUCUGAAGAGCUCGCCAUGGAACGCCGCAGAGCAAUGAGAGAACAAAUAAUGAGUGAUGGUGUCCCUGAGGUAUGGGGGCCUGUUCCACGAGAACAGCCAAUAGAUUCUGAUGAUGAAAGGAAAAGGCUCCAUCCUACAUUAGCAAAUGGCCGAAAAAGCAAAAAGGACACAGAUAGUGAGAGUGAAGAAGAAGCACCAAAGAAAAAGCAUAAGAAAUCAAGUAAAAAGAAGAAGAAGAAGCAUAGAUCAAAAAAGAGUAGGAAACACUCAAAAAAGAGAAAGAAGAGAAAGGAAAGUGAGAGUGAAAGCGAGGAAGAAUCUUCAGAUGGAUCAGAACUAGAAUGGGAGGAGGCAAGUGUAGACAAAGUUACUGUAGAGAAAAAGCAAAUAAAAUCUAAGAAAGAUGACAAGGAAGAAGAAAGUGAAGUUGUAGGACCACUUCCCAUAAUGCAAGAUGGCACUACACCAGAGCUACGAGACUUUGGAGGCGCACUGUUGCCUGGUGAAGGUGAAGCUAUGGCAGAAUAUGUAAAGAUGGGAAAACGUAUUCCACGGCGUGGUGAAAUUGGGUUGACAUGUGAUGAGAUUGCAUCUUUUGAAUCUUCUGGAUUUGUAAUGAGUGGUAGCAGACACCGUCGAAUGGAGGCUGUACGUCUACGGAAGGAAAACCAGAUUUACAGUGCAGAUGAGAAGCGUGCAUUAGCAAUGUUUAACUACGAAGAGCGAUCCAAGAGAGAAAACAAAAUUCUGUCAGAUUUCAGGGAGCUUGUUCACCAGAAAACAAAGGGAAAGAAAUAAUACUGCCAAUCUUUGGGUUUAUGGUCAUAAAAUCUAUAGAGAAAGACACUUAGUCACCCUAAUACUCUUAUCCUAGAUUCAUUUCUGUUUUUGAUAUUAAUACUUUGAGAGGUACCAGAGAUUAAAAUGGCCAGCCAUCAGAUAAUGUCCAGUCAGAAUUGGAACUUGUUGGACCAGAUUUUAUCUUGCCAGCCAUUUGUACCAAUAAGGGUGAGCCAGGAACAAGCUAUGACUGAGUUAAGACUACUUUGGUUAUUACUAUGACCAGUGACUGACUGGUGGUUAUUUUCAGCCCUGGAGGCAUCAAGGGUUUUGGAUUCCACCUACAUGUAUAACAAAUUACUAAAUUCGGACAAAACAUCAGAUAUCUUGAAGUUAUUAAGAUUGCAGGGACAUGGAAUUGACAUGUUGGGCAUUGGAUCAACACGACAGAGUAUCUAAAUAUGUGUCUGGUUGUGCAGUGGAUGCAAAAUACGAAAAUUGCAUGAAAACAAAUAGCUCUUAUUUAGUCCGAAACACAAACAUAAAAUCUAUAUCACAUGCAAAGUAUGGUAUACAUUUUUUUUAUUGUAUUAAUCAUUUUGUAAAUAUGUUAUAUACUGUAAUUUUAUUCCAUUUACAUGUAAUAACAGAAACACAAGAAAUGAUAAAGAAA